AUGUUCAAUAUCCUUCUUAAGCUUUUCACCAUCACCUCUUACAUUUUCCCACCGCAACCCUCCUCCAUCUUCCUCAUGCCGUCCCUUAGCCAACUCCUGGCUUAUGCCAAUCAGGAGUUCACAGAUGUCUACAACAGGGGACCGUACACAUCGUACAAGCAAAUCGAAUUCCUUUUGCUGAUUUCUGAUGCCUGCAUCGCGGCUAGUGCCGAUGUCGAGGCUACAUGGAAGGGCAAGGCUGGCCGUUGUACAGCUACUUCGCUCAAAGUCUCUGAUCAACUGAUGCGCAAGUAUCCAGGACAGUUCGAGUUUGAGUACUUUUCUGUACGCCGUGGUAAAGUUAGCCAUCGCUUCUCACGAUGUGCCCUAACAGGCAUCGUCAUCGAUGUGAUUUGCAGCAUGGGUGCUUUCAUCCUACCAGACAACGAACUCCGGACCAUCACCACGAUGUACACGCUUUCUUGGGGCCAUCAAGACGGCAAUGUCUACAUGAUUGACGAAGACGGAAUGGAUCAGUUCUGCGAAAAGGUCUCGCACGUCCGAGCCCAGGCUCUUUGCCUCUAUGAAGUUUCCCGUAGCGGCCAGCUCGUUGUGCUCUUUCGAGAACUCAACCCACGGUUCUUGAACCAGAACAUCUCUGGAUACGAGUACAAGACUGCCAUGUUUCCGCAUGGGUGCAUCAAGUUCAAGCUCAAGCCCGACAGUGCCUCGGGUCCGGGCCUCAAACAGCUGCACCUAACGCCAAACCCGGAUGAUCCUGGAGACAAGACAAUCAUCGUGUGGAGCCAGGACCAUACCGACCAGGACAGAGGCGAAGCUCAAAACGAAGUUCACUAUUUCCUGGCAACAUGGACCGGAUGCCAUGCGAACCGGCAGUGGCCAGCGGAUGGAAUCAAUUGGUUCUACCGGGAGCUGUUCUGGCAGCUUUGUCUCGGUUAUGGAAACCCCAAGAUCUUGACUAAGGCUGAUGCUGAGUAUUCAUUGCCAGACAAGGGCGGGUUGGGUCUGUGUACUUGCUAG